AUGUCAGUUGACAGUUACACCAAGGAGGUACCAGUUGAGGUCUCCGAGAUGAUCUCCAAAGAGGCUCUCCAGGUCAUCCAGACGGCCAAGGCCGACGCAGCCGCCCAGUACUUGGUCGAAUUUGAUGGGAAAUUCGAGCCAUUAACUCCGAAGGAGGAGAAAUGGGCCAUAAUGAAGUGCGAUCUAUGCUUGAUUCCUGUUCUGUUUUUCACCGCGACCAUGGGUGCUGUUGACAAAGUGUCGCUUGGUACUGCUGCUAUCUUCGGGUUCAGAACCGAUACCAAUCUGGUUGGCCAGCAAUACUCGUGGUUAAGCUCUAUUAUUUUUAUUGGAUCACUAGUUGGAAUGUGGCCUAUGUCAUACCUUGUUCAACGUUUCAGAUUGGGAAAGGUUCUUGCCAUUUGCUCCAUGCUAUGGUCUACCUUCUGCCUUUUACUGUGUGCUUGUCACAGCUUCCCCGGACUCGCUGCCCUUCGCUUCCUCAUGGGAUUUGUUGAAAGUGCCAUUGUUCCCGGUUGCUCGCUCAUGAUCUCUGUUUUUUACCUGAAGACUGAAUCCCCACAUCGUACUGCCAUCGUCUUCGUGUUUGCUUCUUCGGUCAUCAACGGUGCUCUGUCUUCCCUGGCAUCCGUAUUUGGAAACCAAAUUCCAACUUGGAAGUACAUAUUUAUUCUCGUUGGUUCCGUUUCGUUUGUAUGGAGUUGUUUCGUGCUCUGGUUUCUUCCCGACUCGCCUUUGAACGCCAGGUUCCUCAAUGACAGAGAGAAGUACUUCAUGGUCAGAAGAGUGGCUGCUAACUCCACUGGUGUUGAAAACAAAGAAUGGAAGUGGUACCAGGUUAAGGAAGCUUUCUUGGAUAUUCGUGUCUAUAUUGUGAUGCUCUUUAAUUUUGGAAUCAAUAUUCCCAACGGUGGUUUGUCCACCUUCUCCAGCAUCAUCAUCAAGAACCUUGGUUUUACCUCCGUCGAAUCGUCGCUCAUGGGUAUGCCUACUGGUGUAAUUGCCUCAUUAUCAACCGUUUUCUUCACCUGGUGGGGAAGUCGGUGGGUGAACCGCCGUUGCUUUGUUUCUAUUCUGUCUUUGAUAGUCCCAUUAGUUGGAGCCGUGGUAGUGUAUGCUGUCGACAGAUCGAACGUUGCUGGCCAGCUGGUGGGUCUGUACAUGAUGUACUUCUACUUUGCCUCCUAUGUCGUCAUUAUCUCGCUUGUUCAGGCUAAUACUGCAGGUAACACCAAGAAGUCGGUCACAUAUUCCUUCAACUACCUCGGCUAUUGUGGUGGAGCAGUCACUGGAUCUCAGACAUUCCGUGCCAACCAAGCUCCAAAGUACACAGGAGGAUUCAUCUCGAUGAUCGUUGCAUAUUGUGUCUGUAUCCUGCUCUGUGUAGUUUACUGGCUUAUUUGUGUUUAUCUCAACAAAAAGAAAGAGCUCGCCGAUGACAAUGAAGCAACCACUGCUUUAGGGCUGGAGGGUCUUGAAGACGAACAGUUACUUGAUCUCACCGACAUGGAGCAGAAACACUUCAGAUACAUCACCUAA